GCCCAUGUAGCUGAUGUGCCAUCUUAUAUUCAAGAGGUAUGUACAAUUGUAUUUCUUGGUGGAAUUGUAUCUAAGCCUGCUGCUUUAUUCACUAUGCCAUAUUGCUGUCCUUAUCAGAUCGAUUUCAACUUUGCUCUUGUGUUGUGUCAUGGUCUGUACCAUUGCAACUUAAGACAAUGGCUUGCAAUUUUAUUUCUUUUCUCUUUGUGAAAAAUAUAAUAUUCUUAAAAAAAAAAAAAACUAAAAAUGACUGGCAACGUUUGUUACUUAUAUCCAGCUUAUUCCUAUCAAUAUGAAUUAAAUAAUUUGAAAUAUUUAUCAUACAUGGAAGCAUAACAUACAUUGAAAGCAUCAUUAUGAUUAGAAGUCCAUAUUGUCCUUUUUUUAUCAUUGUCAACUUGGCUGAUAUCUGAAGCGCACACUUUUCUUUCAGCAACAAGAAGUUGUAAUGUGUGAGUCAGCAAAAUUAGUUCAACAAACAACAAGGUAUUUAAUUUUAAUUAUCUACACUAAAUGCAAACUUUUGCAAGGCAGUUAUAUAAUGAUUGUUGCACAAACCUUUACAAGGCAGUUAGUUAUUGCUUGUCGUACAAACCUUUACAAGUUAGAUAUUGCUUGUUGUACACACCCAUCAUUAGAGAAUGGAUUACUUGGUAUAAGUAAAAUUUUUAGCAAUUUGGUUACCCUGUACACAGUUUGUUAAGCAAACAACACAAAAAUGGUCAAUUUUCUUAAUAAACCUAUUAUGUUUUCUUGAAACUAGCAAUCACCAUUGUGAAUGGCCAUAAUUCAACGAUAAAGCUAGCAAUUACCACUGUGAAUGGCCAUAAUUCAACCAUUUUCUAACAACUUAAAUGUUAAUUUUGUUUUAUUUCCCCUUAUAGUGCAGCAGAAAAGAAUGUUGUCCAUAGGGUUCCUCUGGUAAAUCAACUGACCUUCCUUGGUCAAUCCUUUAGCCGCUUAGUUGAUUGCACCCUUGGGUACUUAGUGCAGGUGGGUUAUUGACUUAUUAUAUAACUAUUGUCAACAAAAUCAUCUUUACUUGCUAGCAAUGUUAACACUUUAAGUUAACUUAAGUUUGGAAAAUCUGAAAUUUACAUUUUCCAUUACAUCAGGCCUGCACAACUCAAAAUGUAAGGCGGAUCAUAAUACUUUAUGAAAAGCUUGUGCGGGCCGAAAGAUGGUAGGACAGGGAGGAAAGCUAUUUAGAAAAUAAUAAUAAUAAAGAAUAUUUCGUUACUUCUUUGCCAUUCCGUUAUGAUUUCUUCUUGUUGAGCUCCUUUAUUUCAUUUGGGAAAGAAGGCUAGUUCAGAGAGGAGUAUGUUAGAAAAACAACACGUUUUCUCUAUAUAAAAAAAUGGCCUUAUCUUAAAUGGGUUUGGUAAGACAUGGUGAUGUAGUGUAACAGCCAAUACUAGUUGUGCCAGAGUUCAGGUUAUUAUUUUUCAUUUCUUAUCAUCUCAUUAAAAAAACUAUUGAAAGAAACCCUGCAAGAUCUUUCACUAAUAGUCUCAAUAAUAGUCUCAAUAAGCUUUAGGGGUUGAAGGGGACCUUUGUAAGAGAUUUGCAAACUUAAAGAACAUGAAGACAGAAUGAUAAGACUGGACACAUUCAUUCAGGAGGUUUGGUAACAAUUACGUCGUGUGCCACACUUCGUGUAGAGAAAAACUUUUACUAGAACCGUUAGAUUAUUGUUAAUGAUUAAAUGUAAUGAAUUGUCUUCUUUAAAUGGCUUCCAGCUUUAUUAGUUGUUCAAAUUUUUUAUUAUAAGAAAAUAUGUUUUUAAUUUUCAGAAAAUAGUAAAGAUGCUGGAGUCAUGCACUGGCGUGUCUUCUCUUCAUGUCGUCAUCAACAAUAUCAUCACUCUGGGACUGGAGGGGGAACACAUGUGUUACAUGCUGGCAAGGGUCAGUCUUAAUAUAGAUUACAAUAACAACAUUUUGUAUAUAGUUAACAAUAACAACCGUUUGAUUUGAUUUAAAAAUUACAGCCUCCUCUGUAAGAAAACAACACACACAAAAAAUAGUGCAAGGCACUAAUGUAUUGAUCUUAGGUAAGUAGGUAAAAAAAGUAUUGUUUUGAAACCUGAUGGCAUAUGUAUUUCUUUCUUUCAAUAUCAUAUAAUAUAUUUUAAAACAUUACACUUUAUUAUUUGGUUAAAGUUGACCUUUCUUGAACAUUUGCAGGAAGGUGGUGUACGAGCUCUUGUUGAUGUAUGCAGAAGAGAAAAUGUGGCAUUCACUAGGUCAAAAGCCUUGAGGGCUUUGGCCACCAUUUGUUGUGCUCCAGAAUGUGUUGCUGAGCUGGAGAAGGUAAACCACACUGUGUAAUUGACACGUUGACUGAAUGAAAUAUAUUCUGGUCACUCAGCGAAUUUGAGAUAGUGAGAGGAUAAAAUACCGGGUAGAAGGAUUUAAAUUAAACACCUGAGUUGGAAAGUUAAACAACAUUUCUUGUGUAAAAUAUAUUAUUAUUAUCUUCGGCAGCAGCUGCUUAAGAAAAAUGUUUAGGUUGGCAGCCUCUUUGUUUUUCUACUUCAUUGUCUUCCUGUGUAAAGCCGGUGGACCAUAGGCCAUCUGAGGAUCUCUCUCUCUAUUUUUCUGCUCUCAAUAUCUCAAUUCCAUCCUUAUGUCUGCCUUUUCUACUUUUGAUAAAUCUAUAAAACAACCUUAAAACUUAAUCUACAGGAAAGUGGUAUUGACCUUUUGAUGGAUAUCUUAACUGAUGAAAAUGUGAUAGAGUCUGUGCAAGGGGAAGCUGCUGGCGUCGUUGCUCAGAUUACUUCCCCUGUGUUAGACCAGAACCAACACCUUUGCCGUUUUGCAGAAUCCUUGCAAGUUAUACUUACAGCAUUGUUAGGUGGGUUGUCAAGUUAUACUUACCACAUUGUUAGGUGGGUUGUCAAGUUAUACUUACAGCAUUGUUAGGUGGGUUGUCAAGUUAUACUUACCGCAUUGUUAGGGGGGUUGUCAAGUUAUACUUACAGCAUUGUUAGGUGGGUUGUCAAGUUAUACUUACAGCAUUGUUAAGUGGGUUGUCAAGUUAUACAUACAGCAUUGAGAGGUGGGUUGUCAGGUUAUACUUACAGCAUUGUUAGGUGGGUUGUCAAGUUAUACUUACAGCAUUGUUAAGUGGGUUGUCAAGUUAUACUUACCACAUUAUUAGGUGGGUUGUCAAGUUAUACUUACAGCAUUGUUAAGUGGGUUGUCAAGUUAUACUUACCACAUUAUUAGGUGGGUUGUCAAGUUAUACUUACAGCAUUUUUAGGUGGGUUGUCAAGUUAUACUUAGCGCAUUAUUAGGUGGGUUGGCAAGUUAUACUUACAGCAUUGUUUGGUGGGUUGUCAAGUUAUACAUACAGCAUUGUUAGGUGGGUUGUCAAGUUAUACUUACAGCAUUAUUUGGUGGGUUGUCAAGUUAUACAUACAGCAUUGUUAGGUGGGUUGUCAAGUUAUACUUACAGCAUUGUUUGGUGGGUUGUCAAGUUAUACAUACAGCAUUGUUAGGGAAGUUGUCAAGUUAUACUUACAGGUUGUUAGCUGGGUUAGAAAGUUUUGCUUGCUAUUCACUAAACAUGUUUUUCUGUAUAACUUAUGAUCCCUUUUGUGUGUGAGCAAGGUUUUUUUGUUUAUGUUGAAUUUUAUGAUGAAAGACAUUCUUAUUGCUUGGCAGGUUUAUGUGAAAAGACUGAAGGUCAUGAGACAUUCCUCCUCUCAGCAGCGGCAGUUGCUAACAUUACUUUUAUUGAUUCAUCUGCUUGUGGC